AGCUCUGCGUAAUCGAUCGCACUCCCUCUUUGUCCAGCCACUCCAGCACAAUAUUUUUUUGCCAUCGUGACUGCAUGAUGAACUGGACUCCUACCUGCUAUGAAUUGUGAAAGCCUUGUGUGGAAAAAUCUGUCGGUGUUUCGGAAAUGUUGGCUAGAAAUGUAUUGUUGAAUGGGUGGGUGAUGGUUGGUGGAACUUUAAUGUGUUGCAAUUCCGGGGGUAAGCUUUGGAUUUAAUGUGGUUUGCAUUUUUCAGGAAGAAGUCGGAUUGUGAAGCCAUUGAAGUGUACAACGCGGUCUGAGUCAUGAUGCCAAUUCCGCAUGCAUGUGCUGCCCCUUGGCAGCGGAAUUGUCAUCGCAUUGUAGCGUCCAUUCCAGCCGCAGAGGGUUCAAGCUUCCCGAAGAUUGCUGCAGGUAGUGUAGGAGCACAGGAAAGUAAUCAGAAGAUUAAUAUCCUGCUGGCUGGUGUGGUGAGUGCCGCCGUGUGUGUCAACGUGAGCCUCCAGGGGUGCGCUGUGGCAGCCAGCACUAAUGUGCCCAACAAUGGCCGGACGUGGUUUCCGUGGGAGCAGACCACGCCGGAGCAAUUUGAGCCAGAGCAAGGCACCUGCUCCACAUGCAUCGGCGUUGUGGAUGACACUUUGGGGUCUUGCAGUGCCACCACCAACUGUGUUUCCUCCUUCGACGACAGGCCGAGCUUCUUCACAGCACCGUGGGAGUUUCCGGGAUCUUUGAGGGCUGCUGUUAGUAAUUUACAAGAAGCUUUAGAGGGUUCCGGAGCUUUCAUCAAGGAGAAGAGUGACAGAUACAUUUACGCAGUUUUCAAAGGAGAUGAUGGCGUUAGCGACGAUGUGGAAUUCUUAUUCAGUGAUCCCUCUGUUGAUGCAACUGUAAAUGUGAGGUCUGCCUCUCGUGCUAAAGAUUACAAAGACAGCGGCAGAAAUCGCAAAAGACUCGAAGCCCUACGCAUGGAGCUUGGCUGGGAACAGGUGCCAAUUUUGAGGAACCGGCAGAGGCGGCUCUUUUUCAUUGAAUCUCCGUGGGACACUUUCGGUCCGGAGCCACCUCCUACGAUUGACUAUAAAAAUGGAAUAGACUUUGUGCCGGACUAGAACAGGCAGUUCACAGCAACAGGAAAUAGAGGCAUACUAAAAGUGGACAAAUUCUGAUGAUAAACCCUAAACUAGGUGAACUUUACAAUGCCAACCUCCGUCUUGGGGGUAGCUUCGAGUGCUCCCCCUUUCUAGUUUCAGUUGGGUUAUAACAGGUAUGAAAUCCCAUCUUUGUGUAGCUAAAUUAUGUAAUGAUAUGCAAGUCUUUUACCGAGAAUCUACGCAAAAGAUUUUCAACGAAUCCUUUUAUAUGGAUACACCCUAA